UCGGGCGAUUCGCUAGUACUGAAAGAUCGUAAGGCGCGAAGUCUAUGCUUGCCUGAUCGCGAGUUGGAAGAGCGCCUGCUGUCCGGCAAAUAUACGGCCCCGAUUUCUUACGAGGACUUGCCGUCUCGUGUCCAUCUAAAACAUCUAUCCUCGUAACACCAGUGGCGGCCAUGUCCUCACAAAACAAGCUCCGCGUCCUCUGCCUCCCCUUCCCCAACUUCGACACCCUCGACCUCAACGGCCCGAUCGAGGUGCUCGGCAGCUCUGGAUACCCUGGUGGCAAAUUCCCGUUCAGCAUUACUAUCGCCGCUGCAGACGAGCUUACGCGCGCAGGCGAGGGCUACGCGCUGCAGCGGAACAUCUCACACGCCGAUGCGCUCGCCACGAUCAACUCGUUCGCCGUCCUGCUCGUGCCCGGCGCGGGUACCGAGCACAUCAUGCCGUAUCUCAAGGAGGGGGAAACGCACUUUGAUGGACUGCUGGGUAUCGCGGAGGCGUUCUGCAGGCUCGGGCCGAUGGAGGACGGGACGGAGAGGGUGAUGCUGAGUGUAUGCACUGGCUCGUUGAAGCUUGCGUAUCGGGGGCUAUUCGACGGGCUCAAGGUCACGACGCAUUUCAGUGCAUAUAGUUUGCUGGAGGGGAUUGUCGCGGGGUACAAGGGGAGGAAUCCGGGGACGGCGAAGGGCGCGACGGUUGUGGGACCUGUGGAGGGCAAAGAACGGAGAGUGAGAUGGGUGGAUGCUGGGAGGAACGCGCAUGGUGUGAGGGUGAUCAGCGCGGGCGGGGUGAGCUGUGGGAUUGAUGCGGCGCUGUUCAUCGCAAGUGAGCGGUAUGGGCGGGAUACGGCAUUGAAGAUAGCAGAGAUUAUGGAAUAUGCGUGGAGGGAGAAUGUAUAAACCCACUGGCUUAUCGCUUCCUGCUCAAUUGGUACACGUCCCUCAUCUUCCUGCUACUGUCAUUUCUGCAUACCCAGCGAGCAUCCUUCACAAAUAGUUCAUAGCACUUCAGCCUGAGGCACUAAUAAUUGUGUAUUGAAGCUUCUUGAUGGUGGACGGUAGUGGAC